AUGUGUGCUGUUCGUGCUGCUCGUGCUGCUGCAGUUGGAGAGGCUGCUCACGCUACAAGGGUGAAGGACUGGUUGAUAGAAUGUUUCGGGCUUAAUCCUGAAGUGCAUACAGUGGGUGUGCAUGCAUUAUGGACUAAGUCGUUAUCAAACAUUUUAUGGUAUCUGAGGCCCGUAGAUGAUACCUCUAAGUGGGUGAGCUGGUUAAAAGGGUCUGAAAGGAGAGGAACUAACCCUGUGGCAUUAGUUCUACCGGUGGCGAAGGAGGUAGCGCCUCCUGAAGGCGGUUACAGUGGAGGAGGUGGUUACGAAUCAGGCCAAAGCAGUCAAGCACCUGACGGUGCCGGUGGUUACGAGCCUGGACAGAGCAGCCAUGCGGAAGAUGUUUAUAGUGGUCAGGGUGAUGGUUACACAGGAGAAGACGGUGAGGUUGAUGGUGACGAAGAGAAUGGAUACAUGCAGAACCAGAUGGAAGAGGAAGAUACAGAAGGUGAAAGUGAUGCUGAUGAUUCCGAUGAGUCUGAUGAUGGGGAGGAGGUGCCUAUUCCUGGCAGAUGGAAUCAUAACUUUUCGUCUGCAAUGACAAUCAACGAUGGCCUUGAUUCUAACUGGGAGUAUCACCAGAACAAUGUCGCCGUAGGGGCCAUAUUUCCAUCGAAGCGACAUAUGCAGGAUGCAAUAAUUAAGUGGGCAAUGGCGAGCCAGAGGGAGCUCAGAACAACUAUGUCAUCUGGAAAAUACCUGACGAUGGAAUGCGUGGACAUCAAUUGUCCCGGAAGGGUGCAUGGGUAUGUUCCUAAAUAUGACACAACAUGGCGUGUGAGCGACUUUGCGGCGCACAGUUGUGAGCUUGCAAGUAUCCGCAACGAUCAUUGCAACCUGUCGUCUGAUCUCAUAGCUCGGCUGCUGUACACUGAAAUAGUGGAAGGGCAAGCCAUGAGAGUAAACGCCAUACAAAAGAAUGUUAAGAAGCAUCAUUUUUACACCAUUUCUUAUGGCAAGGCUUGGAGGGCUAAGCAGAGGGCGCUGGAGAUGAGGUUUGGUUCGUUUCGAGACGCAUACGAUGCUGUUGUGCGUUUGCUGCAGACGCUGCAGACGAGGAAUCCAGACACAUAUGUGAACAUCCAGGACUUGUUUUUGCCAGAGUCAUCUUACAGGGUUCUGCAUAGAGUCUAUUUCUCGUUGGGUGUAUGCAUCGAAUCAUUCAGACACUGUCGACCCGUGUUAUGUGUCGACGGCACGUUUCUCACCGGUCAGUACAAGGGUCAAAUCUUGACCGCCAUUGGAAUGGACGAAAACAAUCAAAUCGUGCCACUCGCUUUUGCUUUCGUGGAGAGUGAGAACACCGAAAGCUGGUUAUGGUUCUUCAGGCAGCUGAAGAUUUCAAUUGUAAAGGAGAAGCCGAAUGUUUGCAUCCUUCAUGACAGACAUGCAGGUAUACUGAAAGCUAUUAAGACACUCAAAGAGCCUGGGCAAGAAACGCCAUGGAUUGACAUUGAGAGCCGUUGGAACAAGAACCUUAUGAAUGUCUUCAAGAGGCUGUGCAUCCAGAACCAGCAGUGGAAGUAUAAUUUUUUGCGUAGCAAACUGCAGGAGUUGAUGAAGCAAAUAGUUGUGCAGAGGAAAGCAGCUCGAGAUGCUAACAUAGCAACACAUAUUCAGGCAGUUGCAGCAGGAACAACAACGGUAGAAGCACCAGUUUAUGAUGCACCCGAAGGUCUGUGCGACUUGCCCGGAUUUGACCCGCCCGGAACAAGGAGAAGGCAGGGAAGACAGAUUAAAAACUUUGAGCAGUGGAUAGAGCAUGAGCCUACAGAGAGGUGGUCUUUGUUGCACGACACACAUGGAGCUAGAUACGGCGUCAUGACAACCAACCUCGUAGAGUCGUAUAACUUUGUGCUGAGAGGCAACAGAGCUUUGCCACUUACAGCUAUAGUAGAGGGUAUUUUCAUGGGCACAGUUAAAUAUUACAAAGAGAGACGUGAGAAGGCUCGGAUGCAUAUGGUGAACAAACCAACCACACCAUAUUGUUCGAAGAUUAUGGAGUACAUGCAUAAGAAGAAGGAGAAAGCUAAGCAUCUCGCUGUUGUUCAAAUUGGGAAUGUGGAAAGAAGGUUCAAAGUCCGCUUACCUACAGAUAGGUUCGGGUGUGGGAAUCCGCAGCGGACGCAUGAUGUGAAAAUUGGCAAUGAAGAAUGGCCAACUUGCGAUUGCACAUGCAACAAACCAAAGUUGCUUCAUCUUCCUUGCUCACAUGUGUUAGCUGUUUGUGGUGUCCUGGGGAUGUCGGAAAUCUCGUUCGUCUCUCCGUAUUACCUGAAGGAGGCCGUGCUCAACACUUGGACCGGUGAGCUGGAAGGAUUUCGGUCGAUGGGAAAUUUCAACACUGUAAACCCUGGUGAAAGGCGAUAUAUCCCAGACCCGACGCUACUGAGGACAGGCAUCGGCAGACGUCCCUCGCAGCGCAUCCGGAAUGAUAUGGAUGAAUCUGAAGCUGGAGGGCCAACGAGACAAUGUUUCCUAUGCAAUCAAUUUGGUCAUUGGGACACUAAUUGUCCAACCUUCGGCAUUGGCCCAGCAGGAAGGGGGCAGCGAGGCACAAGGGGACGACGCGGGAGGGGAAGAAACUAA